AUGGCAGACCAUCGCAAUGAGACCCGCAGAUCGACCGACGACGUUUUUGACGACGAAUAUGCCGUAGACGACUUCGAUGAAGUGGCCGACGGUUUCGCUCCUGGACGCGUCCACUCGGCCGACGACCGAUGGUCCUUACACUCCGAAGACCCUUCUAUCCGCAGCGUGCACGCCCACAUGUCGGAUGCUCCUCGUUUCGCCACUGGUCCUAGCAGGAAUAGCAUGCACAAACCGCAGGACGUCCGAAACCCCUUUAGCAGCGCCGAAGACGAUGAUGACGACAACCACGAUGAGCGUUCAGCCCUCCAUCGCUCGUCGAGCAUCCAAUCUUCUUCGACAGCCCAAUACGCUCCAGGAAUUGCCCACAGACUUAGCUCUGCUUCGUCAGCCAGGACUUUCGCCCGGACAGCCAGCCCCCUUCAUGGCACGACUGGCCCCAGCCACCCCUACUCAAUGUACCCUCAGGACACCAAUCUAGCCCGCACUCCAUCGGUAUCGACAAACGCUUCAACCGUCCGUGCCGGUCAAUCUACCAGCCUCCUACCACAGGGACCUACUCAUCCCUACAGCAUGUAUCCCCAAAAUGUUUCUGCGCAUGACGACGAAGCGGAUAUCACUGCCUCUACGCGGAACCAUGCCCAAACCGUCAUUCCUGUCGGCUUUCCUGGACGAGCUCGUGGCUUCGUGGCACGAGCGCCCGGGGCAGAAGAGCAGGACAUCAUUGGUGUUGACGGCCAUUCGGAACAACUUCCACCCUACUCUGAAUAUCCUGAGGAUGGUGCUCCCAAACCAAUCGUGCUACCAGCACAGACCGCCACUCCUCCCAACACCACUCAGAUUCAUCUGCCUCUGAUGCAACAACAGCGCCAGCCUGAAAGCAUGUCGGAUCAGACUACUAUGCAUGGCUUUGCUGAAAUGCAGCAGCUGAACUCCUCAUCCGAUUCAGAUUCAACGCCUUCCGAGGCCAAGAGUUGGAGUGAGAAAUCGUGGAAGGAGAAGCGAAAGACUCGCUUCUGUGGCGUGCCGUUCUGGUGGAUCCUGCUGUCACUCUGCGUGUUGGCCUUUAUUGCUAUAGUCCUGGGUGCUGCCGUCGGUGGUAUCUUCGCCAGUGCUCGGAAAGAAGCCGAGAAGGCUACUCAACACCGUGGUGCCAACACUACUCUCUUGGACGCAUCGCCUAUCCCCACAUCUUCUAUCGGGCCACCACCCCCAACUGGUGUUUACGCUCUGGACUUCGGGCCACCAAGAGCCACGCAGUCGGCUUGUAUUGCUAACCAAAACUACUCCGCUGCUUGGACAUGUAACCUUUAUGGCACACCUCAAAUGGCUAUAAACAUCGGCUCCCCUCCAGGUGGAAGCGGUAGCGAAGGCGCCUGCCUAUAUGGAUUCAAUAAUGCCACUGGCAUCAACUACGGCACACAACCACCCAACACUCCUUUCGCUCCUUUCCUUUCCGUUCAGGAUGAUGACGAACCCUACCGAGGGCCUGCUUUCUAUUUCCAAACUUACUAUGACAAAUUCGUUGUUGUGCCCGAGAGCUCCCUCCCUGCAAGCAAUGCUGGCAACCCACAGAAGCGCUCUUACUUUCAGAACGACUUUUUCACCCAGCGUCAAGUCCAAGCUGGAGACAAGCCAUGGUUUUGUUGGUUCAACGGCACUUUUCUGGAAGGAUUUAUCUACGCCAACAACUUCACAGAUCCAUACGCCUCGGUCUCGACUUCUUCCCUUCCAUCCUCAUCCUCUUCAUACAAAAAGAACGCCAAGACAUCGUCUUCACUGACCACUUCGACCAUCAUCGAGGUAUCUGGUCCCUCAACAACAGCUACACUCACUUCUGCCGCCCAAGCCACAUCUUACAGCCAUGCAGUCUAUGACCCUUAUACACACUCAGCAAAUGGUCGUCGAGCAAAGCGUGCUUGGCAACUGGAGAAACGUGGCUGGACAUUCGCCGAACUAUCUUCCUUCGGUUACGUCGUCAAGAUUGAGGAACGCCGCGUGCCAGACAGCCCGGAGCCAUACUGUCAGCAGUUCCAGAUCCUAGACAAUGGCAUGGCAGGCACGCUUGAGGAUCCAAGCACUGGGCAACAAAUAACGGUCUCACUUGAGGAGACCGACCCUGACUACAGCGCUUACUCGCAAGAGAUUGCUCAGGCAUCUACAUCAGGAUCAUCAAAGAUCAAGCGUGAUCCUAUCAAUGGCGCGUGUCACUGCGAGUGGUGGAGUGGAUCUUCACGCAACUCGUAA